CUUAAAAAUCACUUUAUACACUGAUUCUUGCAUUAAUAUCACUACUGCCAUUGAAACCAUGGCGUUCAAAUCAUUUCUCUUUGUUUCUCUCGUAAGUGCUGCAAUAUUGGCAGCCCCAGUUGCCGAAGCUCAGCUUGGGCUUAUAGGCGGCCUUCUUGGUUUGAUCCGCAUCCAAGGGACUCUGUUCUGCACUGCCAAUGGCAAUAUGGGUGCAAAUGGCACAGCAACCCCUGUUUUCCCUAAUGCUCUCGUGCAGUUGCAAUGUGGAGGAAAUGUGGUUUCUACAUCAACCACCAAUGGAUCUGGGAUUUUUUCUAUCUUGUUGGAUCCUCUAAAUUAUAUUCUUUCCUCGUUAUUGAGCAACUGCAACCUGAAGGUCGAUACACCGCUGGCCAGCUGCAACUCCAGUCUCCCCGCUCUGGGUGGCCUCCUAUCAUCCUUACAGUUCAUCGGGAACACUCCUCUAGGAGCCCUCCUGAGUGUUGCAAACAUCAUCCCUGCCGGAUUCCGAUUCGUGCCGUCAAAUUAAGGAGAUCACCGUAGCUGGAGGCGGCAUUAUUAUUAUUAGUCUGGCCAUUGCUAUGUACUACUUUAUAUAUGAAUAAGGUCGUUUGUAUUACUCGUGUGUACUGCAUACUUUCUCUUUGCUCCAACCCUUUCUCUACGAAGAAUGGAUUAUGUUGUGUAUUGCUUUUUCUUGCUUCCCAAGGAAUAAAGUUCAUGACUGCCCAUGUCUGUGUUUUAU